AUGCCGGCCAUGCCAGCACCAGCAGCCUUGCCGGGAGCAAGCACCGAUGGAACUUGCAGGGGCAAAGGUGCUGGGCGAGGCAAAGGGCAGGGCAAGAAGGGCAAAGGUGGCCGUGGUGAUGCUGCUAAGGGUGAUGGCAAGGCUGCUGGAAAGGGCAAGGAUGCAGAGCUGCAGGAGCCACGUGUGAAGAAUGCGGUGCAGGAGGCAAAGAAGGUCAUGAAGACAGCGGCAGACCAGAUUUUGGAAUGCAGGAGCUGGGAUGCGCUCCUUGCAAACUCCAGCACGCCGUUGGCGCUACGAUCGGCAGUGCUGCAAGACAUCACGAAGUUUGUGGAUGGGCUCGAGACUGCCCGGAAGCUUGUGGAGGCUGCUGUGUCAAGUGGUGCUGCUGAUGAUGUGAUCCGUGAGCAUACAAAAGCCUUGGUGGCCACCAUCUCCGAUUACAAGGAAGCAGAACUUUCUCGGUUCUGGGCACACUGGAGGCAACACAUGCCACCGCACCCGGCCACAGAUCUGCAUGUGCCAGUUGGACUUGCUGGCGACGACACACAGUAUAACCUUGCUGGUUCAAAGCUGGUUGUGUAUGAACUUUGCGUUGGUGAACGCACGCUGGAUCCGAUCUGGCGUGUGGCUGCGUGGUCACUCAACAUCGCUUUUAAUGGUGUGUACCCGACAGCUGGUCCACUGGGAGAUGCCUGGCUGAAGGGCUCUGCUCGGGCAAAACUUGCCGGCAAAGAGAUGCCAUGCAGCUAUGCCCUCACUGAGCUGAGGGGAGAUUGGAAGUAUCACCGAGAGACAUUUGGUCUGAAAAGGCACUACAACGCCAAUGCUAUCUGCCUCUUCUGCAAAGCAUCCAAGGUGCGUGGGCCGACACAGUUCACAAGCUUUGAGAGCUUUGCAACCUUUGAAAGGUUUGAUGCAGCUGGUUUUAUUCUCCAUAGCAUUGGCAGUUAUGUCUCGCCUAUAUUUGGUGUUCAAGGCUUCAACCCAUUUAUGGUGAAGCUGUGCCUGAUGCACAUGAGCAAUCUGGGGGCCCUUCAGUGGGUGAACGCUGGCGCGCUCCUCGGGCUUUUGGAAAGAGGCUUCUUCGGUGAUCCUGCAAUACUGACACUCGGCCAGCGCCUUCAAAUUGUGACAAUUCGCUUCCGCAAAUGGUGCAGCCUGCAUGGUAUCCUUCAAUCACAGCCUUUCUUGACGGUGGGCAUGUUGCACUUGUCAUCACCACAAGGGCCCGAGCUGACGCUGAAAGCUUACCAUGGACGUGUGUUUGUCCAGUUCAUGGCAUCUUGUUGUCAAGCUCUGCUGCAGCAGCGUGGUGGUGGUGACAACAAUGAUGAGGAACUGGUUCUGCUGCUGGCAGUUUGUCAUGGCUUCGCAAGCUGGCAUCUUCGUCUGGAAUCACUGCCGCGGUACCUGGACCCAGCAGAGGCAGCUGCACUUCGAAUAUCCAUGGAGGAGACUCUGCGAAUAUAUCGACGUCUGGCAGCCAGACAUGCUGGCACUGGGUCACUGAGAUUCCCUAUGCGUCCGAAACUGCAUGGGCUGCAAGAGAUCUGUCAUUUUAUGGAAAAGACGCUGAUUAAUGCCCGCUUCAAUCACACAUUUCGUGACGAGGACGCUAUGGGCUUCACCAAGCGAGUUGGCAAAAGGGUCCACAAGGGGCUGCUGGAAGUCAGGACCCUUUGCCGGCUCCUGAUGCGCUUCCGCAGUGAGGAGCACAGGCAGUGA